AUGAUAGAGGGGGGCACUGUGAAGGUGGUGUGCCCCAAAGGCUCUGCAGGCCAAGGGGUGUACCUCUCCUGCGAAGGUGGGUACAUCAAUGUCACGGAAAGCACUUGCCAGCGCUCCUCUUUUUGCCCGGCUGGCGUGGUGACAUCGGGCAGCGCAGAGGUUCCCUAUGAUAACCUGGACGACAAAGAGCUUCUCAUCCUCGCUUGUCCAGAUGGCUUUUCUGGGUCUUUGAACAUCGUCUGCCACAAAGGUGAAGUGGAAGUGGAGCGAGGUAGCUGCAGACAAGGAUGUGAGCCCGGCCUCGUGGCAUCGGUCCAGGACCCUGAUCUCGCCGAACCCGAAGUUCUCAGCAUGGCGCAUGGCUCUUUAGCUGACGGCGAGCUGGUGCGGUUGGAGUGUCCCGACGGCUAUGUGGGGCAUGUGAUGUACCGGUGCCUUGAUGGCAAUGUCAGCCAAGCCUGCGAAGAGAGUGACACGGUGAUCCCGGAAGAAGCAGAAGCAGACAUUCAGCACGAGGGUGACGAUGGGGACCUGGAAGCCCCAAGACCUGAGGACCACGAAGAAGACCCUGCGCCUUUCGACACUGACGAACCUAAGUGUGCAUGCCGCUUGGUUGCCUCGACGCCUGCGGCUGGCUCCGCCGGCUCUCCUGGCGGCGACGUGACUGCCGAGGGCCUUCGUUCGGAGCUGCCUGUGGCGGCACUGGCUGCGGCCGUCACGGCCGCUGUGCUGUUGCUGGUCUUUACCAUGGGCCUGCUGCGGCACCGUCUGCUGAAGCGCAGGGCGAUGGCUGCUGCCGUGGCCGCUGCAGUGGGUGACAUGCCGACGGGGCCUCCGCUGACCCCUGUGGCUCCUCCUGCGUCGGCCUGCGCCCUGGGCCUGCCGAAGGUGGGCUCCUUCUCGGGGCGUUCCGCCCGCUCCACGGCCUCAGCUCCAACGGCGGCCUCCAGCCACACGCGCGCCAGGACCGAAGAGUGCAUCGACUUAGUCAUUGACCAGCUGACAUUGCCACCUUACUGGGCAACCAGGGAUGGUAUCCACAUCUUCCCAGACCCGAACCGGAUCGCCGAGGUGCAGCAGCUGAUGAACGACACUUGGCGGAGCCGCUACACGCGGGACCGCUGGCUCGUGGCAGGCGCUGAGCGCGUGCCGCUGGGUUGCCGCGUUGCGAAUGUGCUGCGUGUGGAGAAUCACCGUGCCUUCACGCGCUAUGCCAAUUACAAGGACGGCCUUCGGAUGAAGCGAUCGGGCCCCUGUUCCCCUUUCCGUGUUCAGACCAGCGACAGGAUCAAUUUGUUGGAUGAUGAAAUCAACGAGCGCUACUUGUUCCACGGUACCAACCCUGAGUCGGCUCAGUCCAUCGCCAGGGACUUGUUCAAGAUGGAUCGUGCGGGCAGCUGCGCUGGCAGCAUGUUUGGCAGAGGCAUCUAUUUGGCGGAAAACGCUAGCAAGAGCGACGAGUACGCAAAGGAAGGUGCAGGGGUCUACCUGGGCCUUUGUGCCAUGCUGCUUUGCCGCUGCGCGAUGGGCGAAGUCCUCACCGUGUCCCAACCAGGUGACAUUCAGGAGACGGUGCGUGCCGGUGGUUACGACUCCGUAUGCGGAGAUCGGCUGGCGGCGGCUGGGACAUUCCGAGAGAUGGUUUUCUUCAACGAGGAGGCUGUGUACGCAGAGUUCAUUGUGAUUUACACCCGCGUCUUCGAGUGA